AUGGCUUGGCCAAUAGUCGUCCAGAAGUACACAAGACACUGCAAAGUGGCAGCCUGCUCUGCUCUCUGCUACUCUCUACACAGAACUAGUCGUAUGAUUGCUCCAGCACGCCAGCCAGUCACUUCUUUACUCGACACAUCCAAGAUUCCAGGCUCGCCCAUCCCGUCCAUCGCAUGCGGCUCUCGCUCCAACCCGAGGCCCUUGUCGAAUGAGCGGCAUCAACAGCCGCCGUUUGCGUCUUUCUUUGUCUUUUCCCAGGCCCCUGCGCAUAGGGUAGCCUCGUCUGCAUGGCUCUGGUUCAGCCCACUAAGCGUACGCCUCCGAGCACGGCGGCGUGCGCCCACGGGAACGCCGUAUGCAGAGCGUCCUGCCCGAGUCCCCAGGCUCUGA